GUUGUGUUUAAGGGGCCGCAGUCUCUUCCGUUUGGCAGUCGCCGACCUGACGCAUGUAGUUGCAGCCACGCAGACCUCCGUGUCUUUUUAGUCCGAAUUUUUAGUUGUCGACUUUACCAGUUCAUCAUGUCUCCUCCGGCCCGCCUGGGUGUCUUUCUGCUGGCUCUGUCGUUGGUAUCAUUGCCCCUCUGCACCGAUGCCGGAGUGCAGGAAACGAUAGAGGAUUUGGCCGCUCAGUACACUGAUGCUUUUAUUCAACAUGACGGCGAUAGGCUCAUGGGAAUUUUCGAAGAUGAUUUUAUUUUCAUGCCGGCAGGCAGCCAAACUAUCAUCGGGAAAACACUUGCAGAGCAGUUCAUUUUCCCUGUAAUGAAUGGGGUGAAGACAGCUUCAAUGACAAGUCAAGAAAUAGUGCCACUUGACGACGAAGCCUCCUACGUCUAUCAACGCUUGGAAAUUGUUGCGACACACUUGGACGGGUCCACAUAUUAUGGAAAGGACUUGAGGAUUUGGAAGAAACAUGGCAACUGUUACAAGAUCCACCUUCUCAUUUAUAAUAGUAACAAGUAAUAUACGGGGAUUAUACAACGUGUCGGUCUUCUACAUGUAAAUGUGGGAAUCUGUUGGAAUAAGCUGAACUAAAUAACAUAAGUAGUGUAAUUUACGAUUACUUCUUAAGCCUAACAAAUGGGGAAGUUUGUCCUCUAAAAACUUUCUAAGAAAAUAUUCUAUUCAUAGGGCCCGUUGGCGCUAUGAUUUAUGCAAAUUUCCCCCAUGUAUAUGCAGCGACAUUGUCAAAAAUUGAAAAAAAAAACCUUCAACAUUUGCGAAUCCGUAGAACGUUUUCUCAGGACUUCUGGAAAUUGAUUGUCUGCUUUGUAGGAUUCACUGUUUCCUGUAUAAGACAUUUCAAAUACCCAUCACAAUGAAAGAAAAUUGAUUACACUCCUGGCUUGUUUUCUCUGAUUCAAAAAUAUUUAGGAAAAUGUAGAUGUUUCAAUCCGACUUUUUGCAUACUUGUUUGAGCUUGAACUUCACUUCCAUCAAUAUAUGCACGCAACAGCAACUGCUCAGCAAAUAAGAUACUCUGAAUAUGUAUGUAUGUAUGGUUAAGUCUUUCUUGGCUAGUUUUAAGGGAUGGAGUGGUAGUUUGAAAUAUUCAGAAAAAUUCUUCAGUUGUAAAGGGCUCUGAAAGUAGGUACAGUACAGAUGAGUGAAAAAGACAAAUUAUAUGGCAGGAACAAUGAUAGUGCGUACCGGUAUAUCUUUUAUGCAGAGGAUUUAUUUUAACAGAAUCCGUUAAAAUAAAUACUCUGCAUAGAAGAUAUAUUCACUAUCGUUGUUCAUGUCUUUCAAUUACAGCGCUCAAAUCCACGUGACCUAUGAAUCUUUCUUUUUAAAUUUUAUUUAACUUCAAUACUUGACUUCUUCCCAAGGUUUUUGUUAAGUAACGAUCCAAUAUGUUUUCGUCAUGCAAGGUUUAUGCACGACACACUGCGUCUAUUUGAAGUUCCUUACAUAUCAUGCGAUUCCCAAAGAUUUCCGAAAUACCCUGUAUAUUCACGACAGUGAAAGCCUGUGCAGGCCACAAAGAAAACUGAAAAGCAAUCAAAAGCAAAGAUGAAACAAAAAGAUUAAAAAAAAAAGGAAUGCAAAAUCGGCUGUUUGUAUCCAAAUUUUGUCUGUCAUUUUAACACAAAUUAUUUUCCUAGCAUCGCAGGCUCCCUUGGUAUCCGGUUCGAUACUGACUUGGUCAUACACGCGGACGCAUUGCAAGCUCCCAUUGUACAAACACUGAAGUUGCACGUUGACUCCGGUCCAUGGUUCCAUGUAGGUCUAACUUUAUGUGCAGUGGGCGUUGUUUAAACUGAAGUGACGUCACACUUACGAAAGGGAUAGGAACUGCACUUCGCUGGUUCACCAACAACUAGGAAAUGCACGUGCUACUGUCGCAUCGAUACCAACACUGAAUAAGCACUCCGACCAACAUGGCUCUUUUCAACCGUUGAGGGGGUGCUUCUGCUCAAGGUGGACUGGCCCCAUACCUAUGAAAUAAAAACCGCUAGCUGGCUGGGGUCCGAGGUUGGUUUAGUUCUGCCCAAUUGCUUUUUUUUUAUUUAGAGAGAUGAUGUCUGCAUGCAACGUUAACCUUUCAUAGCCCUAACAGCCGAACACAGUAUUGCCUCUGAGAGCAUUCUUAAGACACAAUGCCUGCUUUGGUUAAAACAACAAUGCUCUGUAUUUCAGUCGGCAUUGACAUUUUGCCAAAGACAGCUUCGAAGUGGGGCCUAAUCAGAUACUCCAUUUCCGGACGCAUAAUAUUCAUCACGCAUCCAUGCAACUAGAAAGUCUUCCAGCGUCUCGUCACGUAAAAGUAUUGCAUUGUGGAAAUUUUACAUUCAUGCCAUUAACAUAAAAUCGGCAGGAUUCCCCGAAUAAUUAGGUCAAACCACGUUCGGAGGACGUCUAUGAGACACCUGGAGACUACGUGCAGGACGAGGACGAGUCUACUGUUCAAGGCGGAUGGCUGUUCAUAAAAAAUAUUGUGCGUAUGUCCAUAAUAAUUUACUGCUCAUGAAAAAUGCAUGCACUCACUGUUUACUGCACAGUGCUGCCCCUGCGACGGUGUACUCUCCGAUGGUCGCUGACUGUGUCACUGUGUUAUUCUGGUUGACCGUCGAUGGCAUGUUUCAGUAUUUAGACAGGAAUGACAGGACAGACGAGCCGAGUCUAGCUGUUUUCUGAUCAUUACUUCCGUAUUACUGACGCACAUGUAGUGUGCAGAAUUUAAGGCUAAGCUUAUAUCAGUGUUCUCAUAAUUUAUUCAGUUUAUGAUACCUAAAAGGGCCCACGAAAAGUGCUUUUUUUAGUUUUAAGUGAAAAUCGGUAGUUUUUAUAAAGAUAUCCAGAAUGUAAAAGUUGCUGUUUUGGUGAAUAAAUGGGAGAAUAUUUAAGUUCAUGACGAAGCGACCUCACCUCCAAGAGGUAUGUAAUUUACUUUUAAAAUUUGCAUAUCUGUGACGUACAUUUGAGAAGACGUCGUCGGGCGCCACUGACGCGUCUAUGCUGGUCUUGGGUCGAGUUCAGAAAAUGUCCAAUUUUGGGGGUGUUUAAGAAAUUAUUCCGACCAGAUGCGUUGCCCUGUAGCAACACCUAUAAAAAUGGGACAAUCCUGCAUAACUUUCCAACCAAAGCGAAUUUAGGUGAAUUUGGAGAUCAGAGGUCAGGCCGACCAGUGCCAAAUCGUCAGGCCUGACAGCGACCUCCUGCUGUGCACAAUUCGAACAAUAGUUCUUUCUUCCGAACAUUUAAGUCUCGUUUGGGAUUAGAUUUAAACGAUUGCUGGAGCCAGGCGCCACGCCUUCGAUCUUUGGGAAAUCAAAGAAAGUCUGUGAACAAAGACGAAGCUGAGCUUUCAUGAAACACGAAUGACAAAGGAUAAGAAAUGCUUCCAAAUCAGCCCGGGUUAUUCCACCCAGUAUACUUGUGUGCCUGACUAUAAUUCUGCUGCUAUUAUGGGUUCUCUAAAGUACGUCACACAUAAUGCCAUCAUUUGUCAGGAUUGAAACAUUCAUUUGAAGUGUCUGUGAAAUUAACCAACACAAAGGGAGUUUUAUUCCAUUUUUACAUCCCUCAUCGUGUCAUUUGCACUAAUGAAUAUUUUACACAAUUAAAUAACGGUCUGUCCACGGAGGUCUUGGGCCCUUUAAUUUUAUAAGUGUGAGCCUAGGCGAGGCACGCAUAACGUUUGAGAAAAGACUAGCGCACGAUUCGCAUUUCUCUGGAUGGACCAGUGACUUUCCCAGCUGAACUAUCAUACUGAAAGUCUGGUCGGAAUUGUAAGGGACGAAUAGCUGUGUAUUCAUGAUAAUAAUAUGGAAUAAUUAAUCAUAUAAUGAUCCUUUUUAUUAAUUUUCUUCAUUGUUCACAUAAAACGUUUACUUAAAUGAAAUCAUCUUCAUGGAAUUCAAGCUCAGAUGAUUCCAUACACGUUGCCCCAAGCAUUUCAGCGCAGUGUCAUUGCAAAAUGAUAUAUUCUGCUCAAUGCGAAAAGCACGUUUGCACUGGAGGCCGAUAUAGUUUUAUUUGGGUACUAUCUAUGUGCACCACUUGCCGACAAAGUUUGAAAUCUGAAUUUUGAAGGUCUCAAUCUGUUUAAUUCUUUUGCUCCCCUUUGUUGUCCAUCCCAUUUAUAACUAGGAACUACCUCUUUUUACAAGGAAAAUUGACUGGUGCGUGAAACCUCAUUAUAACAGUCCUUAAUUCGAUCGACCCCUAACAGAUAUUUGUUCAAAUACAUAUCGCCACUUUAUGGCUAACAAGUCUGCCAUAAUGUGUCGGCUUGGGAAGGACUUCCUGCGAAAACAUUCAUUCAUUCAAGUACAAAGUAAAAUACUGUACACUACGCCUCCUGCAUAAACACAGUGUCACUUCUGAAGGCCUCCGUAUGAAGGGAUGGAUUCGAUUACGAUUUGUGUUAAAGUGAUUUUUGCCUGAAACGUGGUUUGGUAGAGCAGAUUAGAACAGAAGAGCGGACCCAAAUCGAAAGCAGCAGAGCACGGAACGAGGAAACCUCGUCACAAAUUCUCAUUUUAUCCGGAAAUGUUCCUGCUUUUGAAGUCACAAAUUGUUUUGUUCUGUUUUUCUUUCCUGAACAUCCUGGUUUUAAUACAGCCCAUUUGGAGCUGCGUGUCGCGUAAUGCAAGCAGGGAGAUUGUGUUUUCUGGUAUAGUUGGUAAACGAGUUAAGACUGGCCACGGUUUGUUUCCCUUGGGGCACGAUGCUGUCUAUUGUGAUGCUAAUAAUUGCCGCUAAUCGAGUCAGUGCCGCAGUUUGUCCCGAUAACAUCCAUCAGAGCACCGACCCAGGGCAGCCAACAGCAGUAGUUAGUUGGACCACCGAAACGAACCACACCUGCAGUCCAGAGUCAGGGUCUAGUUUUUCCACAGGAAAUACACUUGCUGAGUGCAUCGACGAAGACGAUGGCAGCAGGUGCGCAUUUACGGUCAAUGUCACUGACGAUGAGAGUCCUAAACUAACUUGUGGCACUUCAGUUACUGCCAAUACUGAUUAUGGAAAAAGCACGGGCCAAGCAACCUGGAACAACCCACAAGGCAGCGAUAACGUUGGUGUAAAUCCCAUAAGAUGUGACGCAACCAGCGGUUCAACAUUUCCUCUGGGCACAAGCCGUGUGACCUGUAGGGUGCAAGAUACGUCUGGAAACGAGGCGAUGUGCACGAUUCAGGUGACCAUCCAAGAUAACGAGGACCCGGUUUUUUCCAAGUGUCCCAACAAGCCCAUCCGACAGACCAUACCAGACUUUGACCCACUCCGCCCGCCAGCCGCAAUCCAGGUCACGUGGGACUUGCCCUCCGCAAAUGAUAAUUCGGGACGAGGUGUGACGCUCACUUCUACGCACGAGCCAGGGGAGGAGUUUGAGCUGGGCGUGACUUCAGUGACGUACACAGCCAGAGAUGAGUCGGGCAAUGAAAACAACGACUGCACGUUUUUUGUCCAAGUAGUUGUUCAACCUCCCGUUGACAUCUUCGCCGAAAACGUGAUAACAGGCAAUACCGACUCGUGUAUGACGGUCGUGUGGCCAGAGUCGAAGGAUGGAGCAAUAGAGGAGUAUGCCCUUUACCACUGGACACAGGGGAUGUCCAAACCGGAUCCCAGUCAACGAAUUGUCAUCACACCUCAGCAAGGUAGCAUCACAUACACGUACAACAGAUACACGAUUUGCAACCUGUCCCCAGGGGAACUUUACACGGUGGAGAUGGAAGAGGAAUCAGGAGGAAAGAUCUCCUCGAUGAACCAGUGGUCGAGACCGAGUGCCCCAAAUCAUAUAAGCGUGGUACCUGGCACCUUAUCAUCAACUUCCGUGGAGCUGACAUGGGAGAGAGUGAGCCUGCAGAACUUAGAACAAUACAGGGUGUCUUUGUAUAUAGGGUACACCUCAACUCUAGAUCUGGGCUACAUGUCGAAGACAACAGAUCGGCUGAUGGUGGACAGUCUCCGUCCCGGCACUAGCAUUGUCGCAUCCGUAUAUGCAGUAGUUGGUUCAAGAGACGAACGCCUUGAAAGUCAAAGGAGAAGCCUGGCUGUAACAAUCGCGUCGUUAAGCGAUCGCGAGUUCUUGGCGUACAACUUCACUGAGUCCACCAUUGCGGUGGCAUGGCACCGUCAGGUCAAUACCUAUAAUGGCAAGGACCCGUACAUGCUGUACAUCGAACCGGAGGACGCGGAUGAAAACUACCUGACUGUCUUCAGUCCGGGGGAUCCCGCCUGGGCAGAGUUCGUGGGGCUAAAGCCGAACACUGAGUACAAGAUUAGACUCAUCAGUAAUUUGGGCUUGUCACUCAGUGCGUCGCAGAAAACCAGGCCAGGGCGUGUGGCUAACCUCCGCCCCACGCUAGUGAGAGAUGACGCCAUCACCCUGGAGUGGGAUGCUCCAGCAGAGGGCGUCGUCGAUUCUUACGAGGUACACAUCUCCCCGGGAGAGGAUAAUGAUCCCACCACAGUGUCGAGUACCAGCUGUCAUUUCUCAUCGCUGAGAGCUAAGACUGAGUACUUCUUCAAGGUUGUGUCUGUCUACGAUAACGCGAAGAGCGUUCCUCAGACGCUGCAUGUUACAGCUGGAGUGACAAAGGCAGAAGCUUCUAAUCUUGUUAACAUUCCGGCGAUAGUCUUUUCUGCUGUGUUGGGUCUCCUCUCCAUUGUCUUAACCAUCGGCUUGGUCAUCCUGUACCUCAAGUACCGAAGGCUGAAGAAAGGCAAAGGGGAAACAACUUCAGUUGCUGGUAGUUCCAGAGUAAAGAAGAAGAUUUCGAACGCAACUAUUCAGGACCAAGACACUCGCCGCUACCAGAUGACAACGGAAGACAGCGAUGACGUGUAUGAAAACGCUUCGCCAAGCACCCUCCCGAACCCUCUUGCUCCCACCGCCCCGGCCUACCAGAACGCUGUGAUGGGCCACGAACUCAAACCGCUACCAAAGAGCAGGAACAAAGUCGCCCUCCCGGUGCCGUCCAGUCGGAAGUGAACAGGGCAAGCGAGGUGCUACCUCUUGACCUCUGAAAGAAAUGCCUCACAUACGUAAUUGCUCCUUAAAUACUGAAGUAAUUCGUUACACGGAAAGCUUAAAUGUUACUGUUUUACACUUGCUUACAAUUGCUCCUUAAAUGCUGAAGUAAUUGGUUACACGGAAAGCUUAAAUGUUACUGUUUUACACUUGUAGUAAUAGUCACAUGCCUUCCAAGAAGACACAAGAUUCGCUGUGGAACCUAUACGAACGCACGAUAAGUGUGCCACCGGAUUGAAAAGACGGCUGUGCUACGCCAUUGCACUUUAUUGACAAAAAUAAUAGGCCAAGGCUUCUGUGUCUUGCUGCAUUUUUCAUUCGUCAGGUUGCCAGAAGCAAAUAUGUAGACAUUAUUGAACGAAAUGAUAUACAGCAGUGCUUUCUGCUGGUCGUUGACUUACUGAGAACUCGACAACAUAUAGGCCUACAUGUAGUAUUAAGUGUGCUUCAAUAAUUAGCGUAAUCGUAAUUUCAGUACUUAAAUUUUAGAUUGGGUAUCGUUAAAUUCUUUUUGGCUGUAAGCAAAAAACGGAUGUAAGAGACAAGUAGAUCAAGUCCUAACAUGAGGAAAGAGUUUAUUCGAAAAAAAAAAGUUUGUUUAGUAAAUUUUGUACAUGUUAUUUUCCCUUCCCAUGUUUUGCUUGAACUAUCAAACUAGAAUUGUGUUGACAAUUGAAAUAUUCUCAAACCUAGCGAUGACACUCGUAAAAUUUUCAAAUGCACACUACAUUUUGUUAAUAUUUGCAUUUUAAAGUUUCGUAAUGACGAUUAUGACGGGGUUUUUCAUUUUCCCCCUUUUUAUCAGAUUCUAGACAAACGGAAUAGGAACGCUUAAAUCAAGUAUGUAAAAAAAAACAGAUUUAUGCAAGCAUAUAGACGCUGUUACUGCGGUGCAUCCGUGAUCUCCAUCUUCAUAGACCUGACAGGACAUCACACCGUACUUUUUGCGUGAAAUUACAACCAAACAGUGCUAUUGUGUUUUGUGUUAGGAGGGUAAAUGCCCACUGUGUGCUGUGAAAUUAAGAGUUUGUUCAAUAAGCAGGCUGGGCGCGUCUUGAUUUAGCACCUUGUUGCAUAGUGUUCAGAAAAGCCUGUUUAGGUUUUUGAAGACCAAAUCCGGACGUUUCCUCUGUGAGACCACCUCUUUGGAUCAUUUGUGUUCAUAUCAUUCAGUCAUGGUUCAAACGUGAGGUAUAGUAAUAAACCCGUGUUGUGAACCCGCACAAAGUAAUAGUUCUUAAAACGCCGCGCGCCCAAUACCGGAUACUAUUCACACGUCGUUUCUGUGCUACGUAUGCUGCAGGUGUCAACAACUCUAGCAUCAGAUUGACGAAUACUCUUCCUAGAAACUAGAAAAAAUGUGCCGCUUUUCACUUGACGAAUUCUGUCCCGUAUUUGCUUAUGUUAUAAAUACACUGACUUGUGAAAUCAGCAUAAUUGCUAUUCCUUACACAGUUUCCUUGCAAGAGAUAAGUCAGUUUUGUACAGGCUGAAGAAGUACAUUAUGUGACGAUUAAAUUGCUUAGAUAACCUGUGAUGUUACAACAUCCCAAAGUCGCUGUAAACCCAGUGAGAUUAAACCAAUAAUUUAGAGUGAUAA